CGCGCCGCGAAGGCCAUGGCGGAGCAGCGAGGGCAGCGGCCCGGGGUCGGCGUCGGAGUCGUGGUGACCAGCAGCAGGCAUCCUCGCUGCGUCCUCCUGGGCAAGAGGAAAGGCUCGUUGGGAGCCGGAAGAUUCCAGCUUCCGGGGGGUCAUCUGGAGUUCGGUGAAACCUGGGAGGAAUGCGCUCGGAGGGAGACGUGGGAGGAGGCGGCGCUGCAGCUGCGGAACGUGCGCUUCGCCUCGGUGGUCAACUCCUGCGUGCAGGCGGAGGGCUACCACUACGUGACGGUCCUCAUGAAGGGAGAGGUGGAUGUGGCUCAGCACGCGGAGCCCAAGAACGUGGAGCCCGAGAAAAAUGAAAGCUGGGCGUGGGUUCCUUGGGAUGAAUUUCCUCCAGCAGAUCAGCUUUUCUGGGCACUGCGCUGCUUGAAGGAACAAGGCUACGACCCGUUCACGGAAAAUCUGGAUCAUCUGGUAGGAUACAAAGGAAGUCACCUCUUAGAUGACCAGAAGAUUUCUUGAUAUCUUUUUUUUUUUUUCCCUUGAAGGACAAAACUAAGGUUUUGUUAGAGCAUGAAAAAAAUAUAUACAUUUCAGAACAA